UCAUGACCAGCUAUCGCCACCACUCAGGAUACCUGGCGGACGAUGAGGCCGGCCACACUCCAUACCUGGCCCGGGUGCCGCCACCUAAGAAGCCAGCAUUCCCCAAAAUGGGGCAGACCUCCAGGCUGGGCCACAUGCCACACCCACCAUCGAUGUAUGGCCCCUCAGGUAGUUCAGGGCCUCGCAGCCACCGUCAAAAGUUGAGGGGCCCUCGGCCCUUUGGUAGUUUCCUGGAUUUCCUUGUUGAGGGCCAGGUGUUGGACAGCCUGCAAAGGGUGGUGGAAGAGGCAGCUGAGCGCAUGGCCACCAUGAAGACAAAGACUGGGGUGCCACUGGUGGAGGUGCAGGACCCAGUGGAGGUGCCAAGGGGUGGGCGGCGGGUGCGUUCCCGGCCCAGCCACAGCACUGUGCAUCGGCACCGAGUCAAGCCCAGCCUCUGCACUGGGCACCCCAACAACUACCCAUCCUGCUCCAGUUCCAUGUCUGACUCACACAGCAGCAUCACAGCUGGCUGUUUGGGCUCCCACAGCCAGGGCAGCAACCUGAGCUGCCAUGGCGUGGGCCCACUGCCACCCUUGAGGGACAGACUUUUGCAGGAGAAGAGUCUCAAACGGCUGCUGCGGCUGGAGAACAGAGGGAAAAGCCUGGGGCAGUCCUGCUCCCAGGGGGACUCUCUGCUGUGGGACUCGCUGGGCUCAAGUUCGGGCAUUCUCGCAGCAUCAGAGCUGGGUCCUGGAGAGAAAGAGCCAGUCUUCCUCCAGAGAGAGUUCAACAAGGAGGUCACGUCCUUGCUGAGCCAGCCGGAGUCCUUCAACUUGCCUGGCUACUCUGCACUCCGUGAGCCCCAUCUGACCCUAGACUUCCUGGCCAAGCACCACCUCUUCCCUGCCCUGCAGAGUGUGGUCAACCAGGCUGUGGACAAGCUCAGUGGCUCCCGCCGCCACAACGGCUGCCCUCUCUUCCCAUCAGAAUGGGAGCCCAGCACAAGGCCCAAUUUGGAAACUUCCAAGGAGGCCAUACCCAUCGAAGGGGAGGAGGAGCCCUAUGAUUCUCUCCCCACCACAGCCUCCAGCUACAAGAUGACUCGAAAAAAGAGCAGCAAGUCUAGAGGACGGGGCAAGCUGAAGGAAUGUGAUUCUCCUGUGCCUAGUGCCCAAGGGGUCACCAAAUUCAGGCUCCAAGUGAUACCCACAGAAGAGACCAAGGUCCGCUCACCCCAGCCCAGGCAGGAGGCACCUGACCAGGGUCCCAAAGAGCAGAGACAACCCAUGCUCGCUUCUGAGCCCCUGAGCUCCAGCCAAACGGCCCAGCCCUGGCGGAGGCUACACCUCACCCUUCCCGCCCCCGGGAUCAAGGUGGAAGUGCCCAGCCAGACCCGCCUCACCCAGGUCACCCCCAAUUACGAGUCCAUGAAGAAGACGAGACUGCCCUCCAUCUCAUCCAAGUCCACGGCCCACCUGUCCAACCCCUGCUAUGAGGAGCUUGUCAACUAUUUGAUGGAGCAGGCUGUCUCCUUGCUUGUUUGCAAGUACAAGUUUGAGAUGAACCUCGCCAAACAGCUGGGCUUCAUCUCCUUUCCCAUCACUGAAACGCUCAUGGACCUCUUGCUGGGCUUCAAGAAGGUGAAAGGCUCCCACAUCUGCCUGUCCUCAGCGGUCGACUGGAGCUGCCUGCUGCGAAAGCUGGAGGAGGCCCAGUGGGACCAGCAGGUGCCCCAGCAGGUGCCUCAGGAGGUGCCCCAGCAGGCAUCUCAGAAUGACACCUCCCAUCUCACUGCCUCCCACAGGAGCACUUCCCAACAGAGCAGAGAAUCCUACUCCGCCUUGCCCAAGCCAGGCAUUGUCACGGAUCAGGAGGUGGCCGAGGGGGAGGACCUCCACACUGAGUUGUUGGUCCCCCAGCUGCUCACCCCUCAGGAGAACAAUACGGCUGAGGAGCAGAAGCCCAGGAACCUCUCAGAGCCCAAGCUCUCCAUGCCCUACAGUGCUGGUGUGGACUCCAACCCAUAUGAGCAUGUAGUGGCCUCGGAGCAGAGCCAGAACAGUGAGGAGAAGGAGGAAGACAAGCACUAA